AUGCGCGUCUUCCUGCCCCCCGCCGCCGCGCGCCACCCUCUCCCUCACCGCCGCCGAGUGCCACCCUCUCCCCCACCGCCGCCGAGCGCCACCCUCUUCCCCACCGCCGCCGAGCGCCUCCCUCAACCGCUCCCUUCCUCCACCUCCACCUCCGGAGCGGACGUCGGCGCCGACGAGCAGCAGGAGCCGGCCGCCGUGAGGGCUGAGGAGAUGCCCGGGCCCGCCCCCGCCGUGGCGCCGCCGCUCACCAUCUUCUACGGCGGCAUGGUGGUGGUGUUCGAGGACUUCCCGGCGGAGAAGGCGGCCGAGGUCAUGUGCCUCGCGGCCGGCGACGACCUACCCAUCGCCCGCAAGGCGUCGCUGCAGCGGUUCCUGGCCAAGCGCAAGGAUCGCCUCGUCGAGCGCGCGCCCUACGCCCGCCCAUCAUCCCCCGCGGAGGAGCCGGAGAAGAAGACGGUAAAGCCGGCCUCGGCCUUGGCCUCCUGGCUCGGACUCGACAGCACGGAAGCCGACUGCCUCACCAUCACGCUGUUCUGCCAUCGACUGGUUCUGCGGUUCUGCCCACCCCCGACAGUACGCGGCUAUGGGCCUGGUGGUGUGCGCCGCCUUGGGGAGCGGCUGGACGACGGGGUCAGGAAUGGAGGGGCCACCGACGGUGAGCAGAGUCGGUGGGACAGGCAGACAAGAGGUGUUGACACUGCCUUGGUCCCUCUUUAG